CUCCUCGCGGGAUCAGCAGCCCCGAGAAUGACGCCGCCGCCGCCGCCGCUCUAGAGCCAACACACAUUCUGCCAUCCAUCCAUCCAUCCUGCGUCGCUCGUGUCUGCGUGUGCGUGUCCCCAGGUGCUUGUGCAUGUGUCUCCGUGUCCUUCCAGCCUAGCCUGAGCAUCCCCCACUUCUCACCAUGAUUGCCGCAGCCUUCUUGGUGCUGCUGAGACCUUACAGCAUUCAAUGUGCCCUCUUCCUCUUGCUGCUCCUGCUGGGCACCAUCGCCACCAUCCUCUUCUUCUGCUGCUGGCACCGCAGGCUGCAGAAGGGGAGGCAUCCCAUGAAAUCUGUCUUUUCGGGUCGUUCCAGGAGCCGAGAUGCGGUCGUGAGAUCUCACCACUUGCGUUCAGAGGUAAUUUAUUUAGCCCGCACUCUCAAGGGAUUUAGAGCAAGUCCUCGCCAUACCAGAAGAAGGGUACCAGCCCGCCUAGAAGAAACUGAGCCUUUAGCAGAAGUGCACCAUCAGAGCGAACAAGAAACGUCAGUGAGAAAAAGAAAACUCAAGAAAAGCAGCCGAGUUCAGCCAGAAUUUUACCACUCUGUUCAAGUUCCUUCAACUAGAAAACCUAGCUCUGGGAACGCUUCCUAUCGCUGCUCUAUGUCUUCCUCUGCGGAUUUUUCUGAUGAAGAUGAUUUCAGCCAGAAAUCAGGCUCUGCAUCUCCAGCUCCAGGGGACACAUUACCCUGGAAUCUCCCUAAGCACGAGAGAUCCAAAAGAAAGAUUCAAGGAGGUUCUGUGCUGGACCCUGCGGAGAGAGCUGUGCUGAGGAUAGCAGAUGAACGGGACAAAGUUCAAAAGAAAACUUUCACCAAGUGGAUAAAUCAGCAUCUCAUGAAGGUUCGAAAGCAUGUGAAUGACCUCUAUGAAGACCUAAGGGAUGGACACAACUUGAUCUCUCUCUUAGAAGUUCUUUCAGGUGAUACCUUGCCAAGAGAGCGAGAUUUUUUGAAGACCUUACGGUUGGUGAGUUCAACAGAAGCAUGCGAGUAUGAACAGCAUGAGGAUGUGGAGGAUGAGGAUAAGGGGCCCCGGGAGAAAGGUCGGAUGCGUUUUCACAGACUACAGAAUGUACAAAUUGCACUUGACUAUUUGAAAAAACGCCAGGUGAAACUAGUGAAUAUUAGGAAUGAUGAUAUAACAGAUGGGAAUCCCAAAUUGACUUUGGGAUUAAUAUGGACAAUAAUUUUGCACUUUCAGAUAUCUGAUAUCCAUGUCACUGGAGAGUCAGAAGAUAUGUCUGCUAAAGAAAGAUUGUUAUUAUGGACACAGCAGACAACUGAAGGCUAUGCUGGAAUUCGUUGUGAAAAUUUCACUACCUGCUGGAGAGAUGGAAAAUUAUUUAAUGCCAUCAUUCAUAAAUACAGGCCGGACCUGAUAGACAUGAAUACCGUUGCUGUUCAAAGCAACCUUGCAAAUUUAGAACAUGCUUUUUAUGUAGCAGAAAAAAUUGGUGUCAUAAGACUUCUUGACCCUGAAGAUGUUGACGUCUCCUCACCUGAUGAAAAGUCAGUGAUAACCUAUGUGUCAUCACUCUAUGAUGCAUUUCCCAAGGUACCAGAAGGUGGUGAAGGCAUAAGUGCUAAUGAUGUUGAAGUUAAGUGGAUCGAAUACCAGAAUAUGGUGAACUACCUCAUCCAGUGGAUCAGGCACCAUGUGACCAUAAUGUCUGACAGAACAUUUCCCAACAAUCCUGUAGAACUAAAGGCACUUUAUAAUCAAUAUUUACAAUUUAAAGAAACAGAAAUUCCACCAAAGGAAAUAGAAAAGUCAAAAAUUAAACGUCUUUAUAAAUUACUAGAGAUUUGGAUAGAGUUUGGACGCAUCAAACUCCUUCAGGGCUACCAUCCAAAUGAUAUAGAAAAAGAGUGGGGGAAACUCAUUAUUGCCAUGCUUGAGCGGGAGAAGACUCUACGGCCAGAAGUGGAGAGGUUGGAAGUGUUGCAGCAGAUUGCAAGCCGAGUUCAGAGGGACAGUAUAGUCUGUGAAGACAAAUUGAUACUUGCUCGAAAGGCUCUGCAGGCUGAUUCUAAAAGAUUAGAAUCAGGGCUGCAGUUCCAGAAUGAAGCAGAAAUUGCUGGAUAUAUACUUGAAAGUGAGAAUCUUUUACGCCAGCAUGUAAUAGAUGUCCAAAUUCUCAUUGAUGGAAAAUACUAUCAGGCUGAUCAGCUGGUACAGAGGGUUGCAAAACUACGUGAUGAAAUUAUGGCCUUAAGAAGCGAAUGUUCUUCCGUGUAUAGCAAAGGACGCUCCCUAACAACAGAACAGACAAAGCUUGUGAUAUCAGGAAUAACACAAAGUUUAAACUCAGGAUUUGCACAGACCUUAAAUCCCUGUUUAAACUCAGGGCUGACUCAGAGUUUAACGCCUUCACUUACCCCUUCCAGUAUGACAUCAGGCCUGUCAUCAGGUCUGACUUCCAGACUGACUCCAUCUGUCACUCCUGCCUAUACACCUGGCUUUCCAUCAGGAUUAAUUCCAAAUUUUGGAUCAGGAGUGGACACCAAUUCGUUGCAAACACUCAAGCUGAUGCAAAUCCGAAAACCACUUCUGAAAUCCUCUUUGUUAGAUCAGAAUUUAACAGAAGAGGAAAUCAACAUGAAGUUUGUUCAGGAUCUCUUGAAUUGGGUGGAUGAAAUGCAGGUGCAACUGGAUCGAACUGAAUGGGGUUCCGAUUUGCCAAGUGUUGAAAGCCAUUUAGAAAAUCACAAAAACGUUCAUAGAGCUAUUGAAGAAUUUGAAUCUAGCCUUAAAGAAGCUAAAAUCAGUGAGAUCCAAAUGACUGCUCCCCUCAAACUCACAUAUGCAGAAAAGUUGCAUAGAUUGGAGAGUCAGUAUGCAAAACUCUUGAAUACAUCCAGGAAUCAGGAGCGACAUCUAGAUACCCUUCACAACUUUGUGUCUCGAGCCACUAGUGAACUUAUUUGGUUGAAUGAAAAAGAGGAGGAGGAAGUUGCUUAUGACUGGAGUGAAAGAAAUUCAAACAUUUCCAGGAAAAAGGAAUACCAUUCAGAAUUAAUGAGAGAACUUGAUCAAAAGGAAGAAGUGAUUAAAUCAGUUCAGGAAAUAGCAGAGCAGCUGCUUCUAGAAAACCAUCCUGCCCGGCUAACUAUUGAGGCAUAUCGAGCAGCAAUGCAGACACAGUGGAGUUGGAUUUUACAACUUUGCCACUGUGUGGAACAACACAUAAAGGAGAACAGCACCUAUUUUGAGUUUUUCAAUGAUGCCAAAGAAGCCACAGACUACUUAAAGAAUUUAAAAGAUGCCAUUCAGCGGAAAUACAGCUGUGACAGGUCCAGCAGCAUUCAUAAGCUGGAAGACCUUGUCCAGGAGUCAAUGGAAGAGAAAGAAGAACUUUUGCAAUAUAAGAGCACAAUAGCAAGUCUAGUGGGCAGGGCUAAGACAAUAAUUCAGCUAAAGCCCAGGAAUCCUGAUAAUCUACUCAAGACAUCCAUUCCAAUUAAAGCCAUUUGCGACUACAGACAAAUUGAGAUAACCAUUUACAAAGAUGAUGAAUGUGUAUUAGCAAGCAAUUCCCAUCGUGCUAAAUGGAAGGUCAUUAGUCCAACUGGGAAUGAAGCCAUGGUCCCAUCAGUGUGCUUUACUGUUCCUCCACCAAACAAAGAAGCCAUUGACACUGCAAACAGAAUUGAACAGCAAUUUCAGAAUGUUCUGGCCCUUUGGCAUGAGUCUCACAUAAACAUGAAGAGUGUAGUUUCCUGGCAUUAUCUGGUUAAUGAAAUUGAUACGAUUCGGGCUAGUAAUGUUGCCUCGAUAAAGACAAUGUUACCUGGUGAGCAUCAACAGGUCCUGAGUAAUCUAGAAUCUCGUUUUGAAGACUUCCUGGAAGAUAGCCAGGAAUCCCAAAUAUUUUCAGGCUCAGAUAUAACACAACUGGAAAAGGAGGUUAAUGUAUGCAAACAGUACUAUCAAGAACUUCUUAAAUCAGCAGAACGAGAGGAGCAAGAAGAAUCUGUUUACAAUCUUUACAUCUCAGAAGUCCGAAAUAUCAGACUUCGCUUGGAAAACUGUGAAGACCGGUUGAUUAGACAGAUCCGAACUCCACUAGAAAGAGAUGAUCUUCAUGAAAGCGUGUUCAGGAUCACAGAGCAGGAGAAACUCAAAAAAGAGUUGGAUCGACUCAAAGAUGACUUGGCAACCAUCACAGACAAAUGUGAAGAAUUUUUCAGUCAAGCUGCGGCAUCACCAUCCACCCCAACUUUGCGCUCGGAGCUCAACGUCAUCAUUCAGAACAUGAAUCAAGUCUAUUCCAUGUCUUCCAUUUACAUAGAUAAGUUGAAAACUGUUAAUUUGGUAUUAAAAAAUACCCAGGGGGCAGAAGCACUUGUAAAACUUUAUGAAACUAAACUGUGUGAGGAAGAAGCAGUGACAGCUGAUAAGAAUAAUAUUGAAAAUCUUAUGAGUACACUAAAGCAAUGGAGAUCUGAAGUAGAUGAAAAACGGGAAGUAUUUCAUGCUUUAGAGGAUGAAUUGCAGAAAGCCAAAGCAAUCAGUGAUCAGAUGUUUAUAACCUACAAAGAACGUGAUCUUGACUUUGACUGGCAUAAAGAGAAAGCAGAUCAGUUAGCUGAAAGAUGGCAAAAUGUUCACACUCAGAUUGAAAACAGAUUACGUGACUUGGAAACUAUUGGCAAGUCUUUGAAGUACUACAGAGACACGUAUCAUCCUCUGGAUGAUUGGAUUCAGCAUGUCGAAGAUACUCAGAGAAAGAUUCAGGAAAACCAACCUGAGAAUAGUAAAACAUUGGCAACACAACUGAAUCAACAGAAGAUAUUGGUAUCUGAAAUAGAAAUGAAACAGAACAAAAUGGAUGAGUGCCAAAAAUAUUCAGAACAGUAUGCAGCUGCUGUGAAGGACUAUGAAUUACAGACAAUGACCUAUCGGGCUAUGGUAGACUCACAGCAGAAAUCCCCAGUGAAACGCAGAAGGAUGCAGAGCUCAGCUGACCUCAUCAUACAAGAGUUCAUGGACUUAAGAACCCGCUACACAGCUCUGGUUACCCUAAUGACUCAAUAUAUUAAAUUUGCUGGCGACUCUUUGAAAAGACUGGAAGAAGAGGAGAAAUCACUGGAAGAAGAAAAGAAAGAACAUGUUGAAAAAGCCAAAGAGAUACAGAAAUGGGUGUCAAAUAUUAGCAAGACAUUAAAAGAAGGCGAGAAGGCUGGCAAAUCAUCCUUCUCAAAGCAGCAGAUUUCCAGUGAGGAAAUUGCCACAAGGAAGGAGCAGUUAUCCGAAGCCCUUCAAACCAUACAGUUGUUUCUCGCUAAACAUGGUGAUAAAUUGACUGAUGAAGAAAGAAAUGAAAUGGAAAAACAAGUGAAAUCUCUUCAAGAAGGUUACAACUUGUUCAGUGACUCUCUGAAGCAACUUCAGGAAUCACACAUUCUAAGAGAUGAAAAGGUGGAAGAGAAGCUGGAUAAAGUCAUUGCAGGUACCAUUGAUCAAACAACUGGAGAAGUCCUUUCAGUCUUUCAUUCAAUUUUAAAAGGCCUUGUUGAUUAUGAAACUGGAAUCAGGUUGCUGGAGACGCAGCUAAUUCUGUCUGGUCUAAUUUCACCAGAGCUAAGAAAAUGUUUUGAUCUUCGGGAGGCUGAAAAUCAUGGCCUUAUUGAUGGACAGAUUCUGUUUCAACUUGAGGAACUAGGUAACGCUAAGGAAAUUAUUUCAUCAGUAUCAUCUACAACAAUCCCAGUUCUAGAUGCUUUUGACAAAGGUAUGAUUUCAGAAUCUAUGGCCAUCAGGAUUCUUGAGAUACAGCUUUCUACAGGGUUUCUGAUCAUUCCAUCCACAGGAGAGUGCCUGACUUUACAGAAGGCUUUUCAAAGAAACUUGAUUUCUUCAGCAUUGUUUUCUAAACUCUUGGAAAGGCAAAGCAUAUACAAAGACCUUAUUGAUCCGAAUACUUCAGAGAAGGUCUCCUUAGUAGAUAUGGUUCAAAGAAGUAUCCUGCAUGAAAAUACUGGAAUGCGACUUCUCCCUAUAAAACCACAAGAAGGAGGUAGAAUAACACUAAAAUGUGGAAGGAGGAUCAGUAUUUUAAGGGCAGCUCAUGAAGGUCUCAUAGAUCGUGAAACCAUGUUUAGACUGAUAGGAGCACAGCUUAUUUCAGGUGGUUUGAUUGAUUCUGCUUCUGGGCAAAGAAUGACCAUUGAGGAAGCCAUGCAGGAAGGGGCAAUUGACUUAGGUACAGCUAACUGUGUUCUCACUCAUCAGGUGCAAACAGGUGGGAUCAUAAGUUCAAAUCCACCCAAACGCUUAACAGUAGAUGAAGCAGUCCAGUGCAAUUUAAUAUCGUCUAGUAGUGCACUUUUGAUACUAGAGGCACAAAAGGGCUUUGUUGGCCUCAUUUGGCCUCAUUCUGGUGAAAUAUUUCCUGCAUCUUCCUCAUUGCAGCAAGAGCUGAUUACAAAUGAAUUGGCAUACAAAAUACUCAAUGGCCGACAAAAAAUAGCUGCUCUUUAUAUUCCCGAGACUUCCCAAGUCAUUGGUCUGGAUGCUGCUGCACAGUUAGGUGUUAUAGAUCAUAAUACAGCAUCUAUUUUGAAAAGUGUCAUACUGCCUGAUAAAAUGCCUGACGUGGGAGACCUGAACACUUCCUGCAAAACUGCUAGACGAUGGUUAUCCUCUUGUGAGUUUCAACCAUCAACCAUAUUCCAUGAAUAUACACAGCAAGAAGAUAUUUCAGAUGGAGGAGAGCAUAUGGAAACUCAGACCUUAGAACAAUCACAGAAUUUAUUCCUGUCUUAUUUGAUGAUAAAUAGCUAUAUGGAUGCAAAUACAGGGGAAAGACUUUUGCUAUAUGAUGGAGACUUGGAUGAAGCUAUCAGUAUGUUAUUGGAAAAUGAUAACACAGCAUUUGGUGUAAUGUCAGCAAAAAAAGAAUCGAUUGGCACAAAUUUAAGACAAUUUGGGGAUCUUUUAUUUAAUAGUACUGCAGAUAAAAAGAAGGAUGAUUGCUCACCAAGUAGUUUUGAUGGGACUUGUUUCAAAGAGCCUGAAAAUGGAAUAACUCUUCGGAAUAGGCAAAGUGCAGUCAGUGAAGGAAUUAAUGAUUUAGUACAACCUGGAAAGACAGAUAAUGGAAUGCUUAGUAGUGAUUAUGAAAAUGUAUUUAAAAGUUGCAAAGAUGGAAAUCAGGUAGGAACUAGUGCCAAUGUAGAUAAAUGCAUGUAUUCUGAAAAUAUUGCAAAUGAUUUUCCAAGUGAUAAAACCAAAAAUUUUAUUGGAGUCUCCACCAGUGGAAGACUUUGUGCUCUGGAUGAAACAGACAACCAAGAUAUCAGGAUCAAGGACCCCAGUAUCCUUGAAAAUUCUUCAAGUGGAAAUCACUUAUUCCAUUUAGAUCAAAUGGGAGUCCACCAGGGAAGUAGUUGUAAUGUGUUUACUUCAGAUAGCUGCUUUCAGAAAUCCCUCGUUUCUUCUUUGCCAUUUAGUGAUGAAGUUGUAUUACUUGAUCCAGAAACUGAAGAGAGUUUUCAAGGUAGACUUCUGGACAAUAUAGAUAGUAGCAUCAGUUUGCCAAGAAGAUCAUCUGAAUCUAAGUCAUUAAAUGUUGAUUGUAAUGCUCCCCAACUUCAGUGUCAGAGGGAUAAUUUUGACAGUUCAGAAUAUUUAGGGAAUCAGAGUGAGGUUGACUUUCACACAGAAUCCAAAAGCCAUGAGGCUGACUCUGAGCUUGAAGAAUGCUCUGUCAACUCAACUCUGAGCAGUGAUACUGAGAGUGCUGAUACCCCUGAUACUUGUGGAAUCCAACAGCCUGAGGGAACUAACAGGGCUAAAGAUUAUCAAGACUCUCAGCUAGAGGACAGGGAAAGUGAUACAGAGAGUGAUGAUGAUUCUUAUAGUACUCCAUUGUUGGAAGACGAUGACCAUGAUUCUCUACUUCUUGAAGACGACGAUUAUGAUUGUUUGGAACCUGAAGACUUUGAUAUGCUGCAGCGUGAAGCAGAUGACACCCCUCAUCGUGGAUGUGUUUGUGCUGGCAUUUCAGUGGGGAACAAAAGCCACAUAGUUACCCAAGGGGAAAGACCAGAUCUGAUAACUAUGAAAGAGGAAACACAGUCUUUUCCAGAAUUUUUCAAGAUAUCUAAAGCAAAUGAAUUACAUUCUGAUCAGAGAUUAAACUCACAUUCUGUUGACGUAGAGGUGGCAAAUGGCAGGUUACUGGACACUAUAUCAGAAGAGGAAAGCACGAGUAAUUUUGAAGAUGAUGUGCCUGGGACAAUAACUUCAAAAAGUACAGAAAAAAAGGAGAACUUCGAAGCUUCAUCAGAAGCAGGUGAAACUGGACAUUUGGUAGGUAGAAGAGAACAAGAUGAAUUUGGGCACGAAGUUAGAUUUGAUGAUCAAAAUGAUCAGUGCAUGCAAAAGGAGGACAGUUAUAGACGUAGGAAGCAUCUAUCUGCUAUUAAUGAUCUGAUUGAAUGUGAUAGGGAUAGGGUGCUUGAAAUGUCUACAUCUCAGGAUAAGGAUGGAAGCCUCAUGGAUGUACAGGUGUCAGCUACUUCACAUGAAAAGAAAGGUAGUGAUGAAAUUGUUGGGAAUAGUAUGAUGAAGAUAAAAUCUACCAAGGAAACUCAGAAGUUUCCUGGUGUUAAUGUUCUACAGCUAGAAUCAGCCAGUGAAACCGAUUUAGUUACCAAAGGAGUCACCCUUCCAGAAUCUAUGUCUGAGAUUGUUGGUCAAAGCAGAGAAAGUCAACUUAAUAUUGAAAGGGACCUUGAGGGACAGUCUGCAGAAAACAAACUUACAUUACAGGCCCUCAUUCAUGAUAAAGAAUCGGGAAAAAGUGUUGGUGCUGAUAGUGUUUUAUGUAAUAGUGGUAACAAUUCUAUCUCUCAAAUGGAUAAUAGUGAUUCAGGGGACACUGAGACUAAGAUAAUGCAACCAGGUUCAGACUCCCUUUUUCUAGUGAAAGGUGGAAGUCAUCAUACUGAGAGCUUGACAUGUGCAACUGAAAACAGAUGUUCUGAUGGUGAUGUAGAAGAAAAACCUUCCCAAACAAACCAUCCACGGAUAAUGACAGACUCCAGUGAUCAAGAUCACCAAAGAAAUGAAACAAAUGAUCAAAUUCAGAAGAGAGAUGGUGAGAGGAAAAUGCUUAUAAAAGAGGACAUAUCGAUUCCAUCCGAGGUUAAGCUGCUUGAGAAAAGUGUGGGAGCAUGCGACAAAAAUUUGAACUGUUUUCCUAGAGAAAGUACUUGCCUAUUUCCAGAAAUCACAAGCAAUGAAGAAUACAAUCAGACAGAGAAAGUGAAGGAAGCAAGUACUGAUCUUGCAAAUGAACCAAAGGAUCUACAAAUCUUAACAGAUAAAAAUCCUGUUCACUUGGAGAACCUUGGAGAAAUAUUUGACCUAUCUUCUUCCAAGAUGGUCAGUGGAAUUGAUAUCAUAUCUGUAGAAAAUUCAAAUAAGGAACCUGAAGGCCAUUCUGACAAGUUUCUCAGUGAGCCUGAGGAAGAACUGGAUUUAUUCUCUUACUUGAAAAAAUGUGCAAAACAUAUAACAUUAAAUGAGAACUUGAACCCAGACAAAAUUGAUUCCUGUACCACUGGGGAAAGUAAAAUGAUAGAGAAUGAUGUACAAACAGAACCCUUUGCUGAAUUAAAUUCAGAUACCCACAUCCCUAUUUUAACUGAUAAACAGUUACAAUCAGGAGUUAGUGGUGCCAGAGAAAAGAAGAUAGGCGUUACACCGGAAGAUACAUGUAUGAAUGAGAUAGCUUUAAGUCUUGCUACUAAACAACCAGACUUGGGAAAAGAAUCUUUGAAUACUCAAGUUACUUCAGAAGAGGAGACAUUUACAUUUUCAGAUUUGCCUCUUAGAACCCUAGACGAUGUAAGUAAAAAUGCUGCUAUGCAGACUGAACUUGAGACACCUGUGUGUGAAACGGAGCUAAGAAACAAGGCCAAUGAUGUUUCUGGCAUUGAAAUCUCUUCCCUGGAAAUGAAUAAUAAGAAAGAAGCCACUGAACAACAGCCACUGAAAGAACAGACUGUGCCUCCAGUAUCACGUGCAACAGAACCCCAGACUCCUGAAUUAUCUUAUUUCUUAGUUGAUGACUUGAAGGAUAUUUUAAAAAGCAGGUUGAAAGAAGGCCAUAUACUCUUUGGGGAAGAAGGUGAAUUUUCAUCCUAUUCAGAAAGGAAAGUUUUAAUGCAGAACUUACUUAAAAUGGUUGGCCUCACACACUUGGUAAAAAAAUCAUCCAAUAAGUUCAGUGACUCUAAAACAAGUGAUUACAGUACAGUUUCACAGAUGACUGACUCUCCAGAAGUAAAACCAGAGAUCCAUGAAAAUCCAUCUCCCCUUUGGCCUGUAAAUCUUGGUCCUGAACUGCUCCUUGACAUUUUGAAACAGAGCCAAAAGAUUUCAGGGGCAUUUGAAAUGAUGAAAGAAAUAGCCCUGAAUGAGAAUGAGUCAGAGAGAAAUGAUAUUGCAUCAAAAGUUCUCCCAUUACAGCUUGAAAAUAUCUUCCACAUCCUCCUUGCUGAUGAACAUUCCCCCAAAUCAGAACUUGUUGGAGAUUUGAACAGAAAUCUGCCUGCUAGUUUUCAGACUGAAGGUGGACAGAUAUAUGGCCCUGAUGAAAGUCCUGAAAUCAAAGAAGGCCACUGUUCCUUUAACUCAGAAAAAAUGCCAGAAACUGACGUAAUAGCAUCAACACCAAGCGAAUCAUUGGGCCACAAAAUAGGUUUCCAAAGUGAGCAGCCACUUGAGACAUUACACAAUAUUUCCCCAAAUCAAUUGGAAUAUACUUUGGAUCCAAAAGAAGUUGCUUCUGGAAAUGAUCCCUUGGCAAAAUUUCCUAGUAUAUUACAGCUGUGUUUGCAGCACACUGAAAAAAUGCAUGGAUAUUUGACUAUGCUUCAAGACAUGAAACUUCCUUUGGACAACCAGCAGCCCCUUGAUAACAAUCUAGAAACUUUGAAAAACCAGCUCCAGCAAUUAGAGUCAUUUGAAUUGGGAUUAGCUCCGUUUUCUGCCCUUGUAAGAAAGGACAUGAAGUUGGCUGAAGAAUUCCUGAAUUCUCAAACAAGCAAUAUUCCCAAAGAACAUCUUGAGGACUUAAUUAUAAGCCACAAGAAACUGCAAACUGCCUUGUUGUCCCUAUAUGAUUUAUCUUCAAAAAGAACUAAACAGAUUACAUUAGCUAUAGAUUCUGAAAUGUCCAAACUAACAGCUUCCCAUGAAAAAUUUCUGCAUAAUCUUCAGAAGUUUUCAGAUUGGAUUACAGAGAGGAGAAGGACUGUGAACGAUCUUGUGGCAGACACUGGUGAUAGGAAAAAUGUAAAGGAAACCCUGGAAUUGCUCAAGACUGCAUUAAAAGAACUUGGUCAUAGCAAAAUUCAGCUGGAGACUACAGCCUUUGAUGUACAAUUCUUCAUUUCUGAAUAUGCCCAAGAUCUCUCUCCUAACCAAAGCAAGCAGCUGUUGAGGCUUUUAAAUACAACUCAGAAAUGUUUUCAUGAUGUACAGGAAUCAAUAACUGCUGAAAUGGAAAUUUUAGAGGCUCAUUUGCAUAUAGAACAAGAUCUCAGUGAUCAGAAGAUUGUGGCAGAACGGCAGCAGGAGUAUAAGGAAACGCUCCAGGGAAUAUGUGAUCUCCUCACCCAGACGGAAAACCGGUUGAUUGGUCACCAAGAAGCUGCUGUGAUUGGAGAUAGCAAGGAUGAAUUAAAGCUAUACCAAACCAAACAAGAGGAGCUACAGAAGGAGAUGCGGAAAAGUGCGCAGGCAUUGUCAGAGAAAGUGAAAAAGACUGAGAAGUUCCUGAUGGAGAAUGGAGAAAAUCUAUCACAAGAAGACAAAGCACUAAUCGAACAGAAACUCAGGGAAGCUAAGAUGAAGUGUGAGCAACUGAACCAGAAGGCUGAACAGUCAAAAAAGGAACUAGAUAAGGCAGUAACCACAGCAAUUAAGCAGGAAACCGAAAAGGUUGCAGCAGUGGCACAGCUGGAAGAGAGUAAAAACAAAAUAGAAGAUCUGUUGGAUUGGUUAUCAAAUGUAGAUAAGGAAGGAGAAAGGGCAGGGAAGAAAUCUCACCAGGAGAUUGAACAAAAUGGAACUCAUUUUCAAGAAGGUGACCUCAAUUCCAUGGUUGGAGAGGAGGAUGAAGUUAAUGGUAACUUGAUGGAAAUGGACGUUGAUGGACCAGUAAGAACCACGGAGGAAAAUCUGAACCAACAAUACCAGAAAGUAAAGGCGCAGCAUGAGAAGAUUGCUUCUCAGCACCAGGCAGUUAUUAUAGCUACCCAGUCUGCACAAGCUUUACUUGAGAAACAAGGUCACUACCUGUCUUCAGAAGAGAAAGAGAAACUACAGAGGAACUUGAAGGAAUUGAAGACUCAGUAUGAGACAGCCUUGGCAGAGUCAGAGAAGAAAGUGAAAUUGACCAACUCUCUACAAGAAGAAUUAGAAAAGUUUGACACAGACUACAGUGAGUUUGACAGUUGGCUGCAGCAGUCAGAGCAAGAACUGGAGAACUUAGAGGCUGGUGCUGAUGAUUUCAGUGGAAUAAUGACCAAGCUAAAGAGGCAGAAGAGUUUUUCAGAAGAUGUCAUUUCACACAAAGGUGACUUAAGGUACAUUACAAUUUCUGGACACCGGGUCUUAGAGGCUGCCAAGUCUUGCAGCAACAAGGAUAAUUUUGACACUUCUGCAACAUACAAGGAAGUACAGGGGAAAUUGGACCUUGCCAAUGAACGUUUCAAAUCUCUCUAUGCUAAGUGCAGUGUCCUUGGAAAUAAUCUGAAAGACCUGGUAGAUAAAUAUCAGCGCUAUGAAGACGCCUCUUCUGGACUUCUCUCUGGGCUCCAGUCCUGUGAGACAGCAGCAAACAAACACUUGUUGGAACCCAUAGCUACAGAUCCAAAAAAUCUCCAGCGCCAACUGGAAGAAACUAAGGUCCUUCAAGGGCAAGUAUCCAGCCACCAGGUUGCUGUAGAGAAACUGAAAAAAACAGCAGAAGUGCUUUUAGACACCAGGGGAGCUUUAUUGCCAGACAAGAAUGAUAUACAGAAAACACUUGAUGAUAUCAUUGGGAGAUAUGAUAAUUUGUCUAAGUCUGUUAAUGAGCGGAAUGAAAAACUCCAGAUUACCUUAACCCGAUCCCUCAGUGUGCAGGAUGGUUUAGAUGAAAUGUUGGAUUGGAUGGGAAGUGUUGAAAAUUCUCUGAAGGAGCAAGGUCAAGUGCCCUUAAACUCUGCUGCUAUUCAAGACGUCAUCAGUAAAAAUAUGAUGUUGGAGCAAGAUAUUGCAGGUCGCCAGAGCAGUAUGAAAGCCAUGAAUGAAAAAGUGAAGAAAUUUAUGGAUACAACAGACCCGUCGACUGCAUCUUCUCUGCAAGCCAAAAUGAAGGAUCUAUCAGUGCGAUUUUCAGAAGCCAGUAAAAAACACAGAGAAAAACUUGAUAACCUGGACAAACUGAAAACCAAAGUAGAAUCAUUUGAAAGACUUUCAGAAAAACUUCAGUCAUUUUUUGAAACAAAAGCUCAGGCUCUUAUUGAAAUGGAUGGUCCAGGAAAAGAUGUUAAUGAAUUAUCUCAGAAUAUUGAAGAGUCUAGUAAUGAAGUCUUAGAAUGCAAAAAAGAUCUUGAAACUUUGCAAAACCUCCUGAAGGAACUGUCUAUUCAUGGUUUCCCUGGGGAUAAAGCUUUACUUUUGGAAAAAACAAAUACUUUGUCAAAGAAGUUCAAGGAAUUGGAGGAUACCAUUAAGGAAAAAAAAGAAGCAAUAUCUUCUUGUCAAGAACAAACAGAAGCCUUUCAGCUCCUUGUCAAAUACCUAAAGACAUGGAUGGAAGAAGCCACAGAAAAAAUUCCCAUCAUGCAACCCUCAAUGGGUGCAGAGGAUUUAAAGAAAUCUUUGGAAGAAGCCAAGAAAUUACAAGGGGAGUGGAGCUCGAAAGCACCAGAGAUUCAGAAAGUAAACAAUAAAGGAGCAUCAUUAUGUAACUUAAUAAGUGCUAUGACUUCCCCUACGAAGGCAGUAGCAGUGAUUAAAUCAGGUGGAACAAUCUUAAAUGGUGAAGGGACAACCUCAGAUACUCAGGAAUUCUUGACAAAUAAAGAACUGACAUCCAUCAAAAUGAAAAUGGCUGACAUAAAUCACAAUUAUGAAAAUCUUGGAGUCACACUGAAGGAUAAGAUCUUUGAACUGGAUGCCAAACUCACAAUAUUGCAAAAGGCUCAGGAAGAAUCAAGUUCAAUGCUGCAAUGGUUAGAUAAAAUGGACAAAAAGGCAACAGGAUGGGAUGCAACCCCUACAGAUAGUGAAGGUGUGAAGACACAAGUUGAGCGGAAUAAGACAAUUGAAACAGAACUGAAGCAGAAUAUGAAUAAAGUGCAGGAGCUGAAAGACAAAUUGACAGAUUUGUUGGAACAGAAUCCAGACUCUUCCGAGGCACCCAAAUGGAGACAGAUGUUGGCAGAGAUAGAUUCCAAGUGGAAACAACUCAAUCAGUUAACAGCUGAUAGACAACAAAAGCUGGAGGAAUCCUCAAAUAACCUAACCCAGUUCCAGACUGUGGAAGCUCAGUUAAAGCAGUGGCUUGUAGAAAAAGAACUGAUGGUCAGUGUGCUUGGGCCUUUAUCAAUUGACCCAAAUAUGCUUAAUACCCAGAAGCAGCAGGUCCAGAUCCUACAAAAAGAAUUUGAUACCCGAAAGCCUCAGUAUGAACAGUUAACAACAACUGGUCAGAGUAUUCUAAGCAAACCAGGUGAACACCAUCCUCUGCAUGGAACUGUGAAAGAACAGCUGACAGUUGUGUCCCAAAAGUGGGAUAGCCUGACAGGUCAACUGAGCGACAGAUGUGACCGAAUUGACCAAGCCAUUGUUAAAAGCACCCAGUAUCAAAGUCUGCUGAGAAACCUUUCUGAUAAGCUAAGUGACUUGGAUAAUAAACUCAGCAUCAGUCUGGCUGUGAGCACACACCCCGAUGCCAUGGAACAGCAGCUGGAGACAGCCCAAAAAAUGAAGCAGGAAGUAGAAAAGGAAAUGAAGAAUAUAAAAGUGGCCCAGACCCUCUGUGAAGAGUUGUCAGCACUGGUUGGAGAGGAAUACUUAAAAGCAGAACUCAGUCGGCAGCUAGAAGGAAUCUUAAAAGCAUUUAAAAAUAUUGAACAAAAAUCAGGAAAUCAUGUUCAGCAACUUCAGUCAGCUUGUGCAAGCUCACAUCAGUUCCAGCAAAUGUCUAAAGACUUUCAGGCUUGGCUGGGCACAAAGAAAGAGAAACAAAACCAAUUUCACCCUGUAUCAGCCAAACUUGAUGUCUUACAGGAAUUAAUUAAAGACCAGAAAGAAUUUAAGAAAGCUGUGACUGACCAUUAUGAUUCUUAUGAAAAAAUUAUUGCAGAAGGUGAAAAUUUGUUAUUAAAAACCCAGGAGACUGAGAAGGCUGACUUGCAGUCGCAGCUUAACACAAUUAAAACCAAUUGGGAUGGCCUUGUUAAACAGAUGACAGAAAGACAAGAGAAACUGAAUGAUUGUUUGGAGAAAGCCCUUAAGUACAGAGAGCAUGUAGACAACCUUAGGCCGUGGAUAGAUAAAUGCCAAAGCAGCUUGAUGGAAAUAAAGGUUUGCCCAGAUCCUGAGGAAACAGAGAAGUUGAUCAGUAAGGUGAAGGCUUUGCAGAAAGAAAUGGACCAACACUUCGGAAUGGUGGAAUUAUUAAAUAAUGCUGCAAAUAGCUUGCUCAGUGCCAGUGAGACAGACCAAGAGGUCAUUAGGGAAGAGAACAAGACAUUGAUCCAGAAAGUGGACGUGGUCACUGAACAACUCCAUAGUAAGAAACAUUCUCUGGAGAACAUGGCCCAGCAGCUUAGAGAGUUCCAAGAGAACAUCAGAGAAGCCCACCGGCAACUUAAGUGUGCCAAGGAGCAGCUGGAAGUUCAUAAUUCCUUAGGACCUCAGGCUUGCAGUAACAAACACUUGACAGUUAUGCAGGCCCAGCAGAAAUCACUUCAGGCCUUGAAACCCCAGAUAGAGUCAGCCAAAAAGUUUGCCCAAGAUGUGGUACUGGAAGCUUCCGAUUCAAAGGGAACCUCAGAUCUCUUGUUAGAGGUAGAAUCUUUAGAACAAGAGCACAGUGAAGUCAGCCAGCAAGUUGAAGAAAAAUGUUCUUUCUUAGAGACAAAGCUUCAGGGCAUUGGUCAUUUCCAGAACACCAUCCGAGAAAUGUUUUCUCAGUUUGCAGAAUUUGAUGAUGAGCUGGAUAGCAUGGCUUCAGUGGGGAGAGAUAGAGACAUACUGCAAAGGCAGAAGAGUGAUAUCAAGAACUUUCUAAAGAAACUAGAAGACCUUAUAACUGACAAUGAAAAUGCCAAUAAAACCUGCAAAAUGAUGUUAACCACAGAGGAAACAUCUCCUGAUCUUGUUGGAAUCAAGAGAGACUUGGAAGCUUUGAGCAAACAGUGCAAUAAAUUAUUGGACAGAGCAAAGGCCAGAGAGGAAGAAGUUGAAGGGACUAUUUCCCGGCUUGAAGAAUUUUACAAUAAAUUAGAGAAAAUUUAUAAUCUCCUCCAGAAAGCUGAAGAACAUGAGGAGUCACAGGGUACUGUUGGAAUGGAAACAGAAACAAUCAACCAGCAACUUAAUGUGUUCAAGGCUUUCCAGAAAGAAGAGAUUGAACCUUUGCAGGUUAAACUACAAGAGGUCAAUUGGUUGGGUCAAGGCCUUAUUCAGAGUGCUGCAAAAAGUACUAGUACUGAGAACUUGGAGCAUGAUCUCGAAGAUGUUAAUGUACGCUGGAAGACCCUUAAUAAGAAGGUUGCUGAGCGAGCAGCUCAGCUUCAGGAAGCUCUGCUCCACUGUGGGAGGUUCCAAGAUGCCCUGGAAUCUCUGCUUAGCUGGCUAGUUGACACUGAAGAUCUUGUAGCCAAUCAGAAACCUCCAUCUGCUGAGUUCAAGGUAGUGAAGGCUCAGAUACAAGAGCAAAAACUUCUCCAGAGAUUGUUGGAUGACCGGAAGCCUACUAUUGAAGGAAUCAAGACAGAAGGAGAAAAAAUUGCAGCAACAGCAGAACCAGCAGAUAAAGUAAAGAUUUUGAAACAGCUGAGCCUCUUGGACAGUAGAUGGGAUGCAUUGCUUAAUAAGGCUGAAACAAGGAAUCGUCAGCUGGAAGGGAUCUCUGUGGUGGCACAACAGUUCCACGAAACAUUAGAACCAUUGACAGAGUGGCUCACAACCACCGAAAAGAAGCUUACAAACUGGGAACCCAUAGGAACCCAAGCUUCUAAGCUUGAGGAACAGAUUGCUCAGCACAAAGCCUUAGAAGAUGACAUCAUCAAUCACAAUAAAACUUUACACCAGGCUCUUAGCAUUGGCCAGUCUUUAAAGAUUUUGAGCUCCAGGGAGGAUAAAGAUAUGUUGCAGGAAAAACUAGACUCCUUUCAAGUUUGGUACAUUGAGAUUCAAGGAAAAAGUCACAGCAGGUCUGAACUACUCCAGCAGGCCUUUUGUAAUGCUCAGAUCUUUGGCGAAGAUGAAGUGGAAUUGAUAACCUGGCUGAAUGAAGUUCAUGACAAACUCAGCAAAUUGUCAGUCCAAGAUUACAACAUUGAUGGGCUAUCAAAGCAACAAUCUGAACUUCUGGCUCUACAAGAGGACAUCCUACUCAGGAAACAAAAUGUUGAUCAGGCAUUGCAGAAUGGUUUAGAGCUCCUGAAACAAGCAACAGGUGAUGAAGUCUUGAUAAUUCAAGAUAAAUUGGAAGGCAUUAAAGCAAGGUACAAAGACAUAACUAAGUUGAGUUCUGAUGUAUCUAAGACUCUGGAGCAGGCCUUGCAGCUUUCAGGAAAGCUACAGUCCACCCAUGAAGAGCUUUGUACGUGGCUUGACAAAGUAGAAUUGGAAUUACUUUCAUAUGAAACUCAGGACCUGAAGGGAGAAGAAUUAAGCCGAGCACAAGAAAGACAAAAAGAAUUGAAAAAAGAAGCCAAGAGCAACAAAGACUUAGUAGAUGCCCUUAAUGAAGUCAGCAGUGCCCUGUUGGAACUGGUGCCAUGGAGAGCAAGAGAAGGACUGGACAAAAUGGUGACAGAGGACAAUGAGCGCUACAGAUUAGUAAUGGACACCUUAGCUCAGAAGGUGGAUGAGAUCGAUGCAGCCAUACUGAGAUCCCAGCAGUUUGAUCAAGCCGCUGAUGCUGAAUUAUCCUGGAUUGCAGAAACUGAAAAGAAACUUAGGUCUCUGGGUGAUAUUAGACUUGAGCAAGACCAGACCUCUGCUCAGCUUCAAGUUCAAAAGGCAUUUACCAUGGAUAUUUUGAGACACAAGGAUAUUAUUGAUGAGCUUGUUAAAUCUGGGGAUAAAAUCAUGAACAGUUGCAGUGAAGAGGAGAAACAGUCUAUGAAGAAAAAAUUGGAUAAUGUGUUGAAGAACUAUGAUGAUAUCUGCCAAAUCAACUCAGAGCGGUACCUUCAGCUGGAACAGGCACAAUCCUUGGUCAACCAGUUUUGGGAAACAUAUGAAGAACUUUGGCCAUGGCUGACAGAAAUACAAAGGGUCAUCUCUCAGCUCCCAGCUCCAGCUCUUGAAUACGAAACUUUAAAACAACAGCAAGAAGAACAUCGGCAACUGCGAGAGUUGAUUGCUGAACACAAGCCUCAUAUAGAUAAGAUGAACAAAACUGGGCCCCAGUUACUGGAAUUGAGCCCAGGAGAAGGCUUUUUAAUCCAAGAGAAAUACACGGCAGCUGACGCCCUUUACAGUCAAAUUAAGGAAGAUGUCAAAAAGAGAGCUGUGGCCCUGGAUGAAGCCAUUUCUCAAUCUACCCAGUUCCAUGAUAAAAUAGAUCAGACCCUUGAGAGCCUAAAGCGCAUUGUUGACCGCUUGAGACAACCACCUUCAAUCUCAGCUGAGGUUGAGAAGAUUAAAGAACAAAUCAGUGAAAAUAAGAAUGUGUCAGUAGAUAUGGAGAAACUACAGCCAGUAUAUGAAACACUCAAACAGCGUGGAGAGGACAUGAUUGCUCGGUCUGAGGGUACAGACAAAGAUAUAUCUGCCAAAGCUGUUCAGGAUAAACUUGAUCAAAUGAUCCAUGUCUGGGAGGAAAUACACACUUUGGCAGAGGAACGGGAGGCUAAGCUGUUGGAUGUGAUGGAACUAGCUGAAAAAUUCUGGUGUGAUCACAUGUCACUGGUAGUUACAACUAAAGACACCCAAGAUUUUAUCCGGGAACUGGAAGGACCUGGUAUUGACCCCUCAGUAGUGAAACAACAGCAAGAAGCUGCAGAGGUGAUAAGAGAAGAAAUAGAUGGAUUGCAAGAAGAGCUUGAUAUGGUUGUGAACCUUGGUUCUGAGCUGAUAGCUGCCUGUGGAGAACCUGAUAAACCUAUUGUCAACAAGAGUAUAGAUGAGUUGAAUUCAGCCUGGGAUUCUCUGAACAAAGCAUGGAAGGACCGGGUGGACAGACUGGAUGAUGCAAUGCAGACUGCUGUGCAGUACCAAGAUGGACUUCAGGCAAUAUUUGACUGGGUAGAUAUUGCUGGUGGUAAAUUGGCUUCAAUGUCACCCAUUGGAACUGAUCUGGAAACUGUGAAGCAACAAAUUGAUGAACUCAAGCAAUUUAAAUCAGAGGCCUAUCAGCAGCAAAUAGAAAUGGAAAGACUAAACCAUCAAGCAGACCUCUUACUGAAGAAAGUUACAGAAGAAAGUGAUAAGCAUACUGUCCAAGAUCCCUUGAUGGAACUCAAAUUGAUUUGGGACAGCUUAGAUGAGCGUAUUAUCAAUAGACAGCAUAAACUUGAGGGUGCUCUUUUAGCUCUGGGCCAGUUCCAACAUGCUCUGGAUGAGUUAAUGACAUGGCUGACACAUACUGAGGAUUUACUAAAUGAACAGAAACCAGUUGGUGGAGAUCCCAAAGCCAUUGAAAUUGAACUUGCCAAGCAUCAUGUGCUCCAAAAUGAUGUGUUAGCUCAUCAGUCUACAGUGGAAGCUGUUAAGAAAGCAGGAAAUGACCUAAUUGAAUCAAGUGCAGGAGAAGAAGCAAGUAAUCUCCAAACUAAGCUGGAAGUUUUAAAUCAACGCUGGCAAAAUGUAUUGGAAAAAACACAACAAAGGAAAAAACAGCUGGAUACUGCUUUGCACCAGGCACAAGGGUUCCAUGGAGAAGUUGAAGAUUUACAUCAGUGGCUGACUGACACUGAGCGUCACUUGUUGGCAUCAAAACCUGUUGGAGGAUUACCAGAAACAGCCCGGGAACAGCUUAAUACCCAUAUGGAACUCUGUGCUGCCUUUGAAGUUAAAGAAGAAACAUAUAAGUGCCUCAUGCAAAAGGGCCAGCAGAUGCUUGCAAGAUGCCCAGAAUCUGCAGAUACAAAUGUUGACCAAGACAUAAAUAACUUGAAAGAAAAAUGGGAAUCCAUAGAAGCUAAACUCAGUGAAAGAAAAGCUAAACUCGAAGAUGCCCUUAAUUUGGCCAUGGAGUUCCACAAUUCUCUUCAGGACUUCAUCAACUGGCUUACCCAGGCUGAACAAACAUUGAAUAUAGCUUCUCGGCCAAGUCUUAUCUUAGACACUGUCUUGUUUCAAAUUGAUGAACACAAGGUCUUUGCCAAUGAAGUAAAUUCUCAUCGUGAUCAGAUCAUAGAGCUGGACAAAAAUGGAACCCACCUGAAAUAUUUUAGCCAAAAACAAGAUGUUGUCAUUAUUAAAAAUCUCUUGAUUAGUGUACAGAGUCGAUGGGAAAAAGUUGUCCAACGAUUAGUGGAAAGAGGACGAGCUCUUGAUGAUGCCCGGAAGAGAGCGAAGCAGUUCCAUGAAGCUUGGAGCAAACUCAUGGAAUGGCUAGAAGAAUCAGAGAAAUCUUUGGAUUCAGAGCUUGAAAUUGCCAAUGAUCCAGAUAAAAUAAAGACACAACUUACACAACACAAAGAGUUCCAGAAAGCACUUGGAGCAAAACACUCUGUCUAUGACACCACAAACAGAACUGGACGUUCUCUGAAAGAGAAAACCUCUCUGACUGAUGACAAUUUGAAACUGGAUGAUAUGUUAAGUGAGCUCAGAGAUAAAUGGGACACUAUAUGUGGGAAAUCUGUGGAAAGGCAAAACAAAUUGGAAGAAGCCCUGCUAUUUUCUGGACAAUUCACAGAUGCCUUGCAGGCUCUCAUUGAUUGGCUGUAUAGAGUUGAACCUCAAUUGGCAGAAGAUCAGCCAGUUCAUGGAGACAUGGAUUUAGUGAUGAAUUUGAUAGAUAAUCACAAGGUCUUCCAGAAGGAGCUGGGGAAAAGGACAAGCAGUGUGCAGGCGCUGAAGCGGUCAGCUCGGGAACUUAUUGAAGGCAGCCGUGAUGACUCCUCGUGGGUUAAAGUGCAGAUGCAGGAAUUAAGUACUCGGUGGGAGACAGUUUGUGCAUUAUCAGUAUCAAAACAGACCCGUUUAGAAGAAGCCUUGCGCCAGGCAGAAGAAUUUCACUCUGUGGUGCACGUCCUGCUAGAAUGGUUGGCAGAGGCCGAGCAAACACUUCGGUUCCAUGGCGUGCUCCCAGAUGAUGAAGAAGCACUUCGGAACCUCAUUGAUCAGCAUAAAGAAUUCAUGAAGAAACUGGAAGAGAAAAGAGCUGAACUAAAUAAAGCAACAGGUAUGGGAGAAGCUGUCCUGGCCAUCUGUCACCCUGAUUCUAUCACCACCAUCAAACACUGGAUUACCAUCAUUAGAGCCAGGUUUGAGGAGGUCCUGGCAUGGGCAAAGCAGCAUCAGCAGAGACUGGCCAGUGCCCUGGCUGGUCUUAUCGCUAAACAGGAAUUGUUGGAAGCUUUGCUGGCUUGGUUGCAAUGGGCAGAGACCACACUCAGUGAGAAAGACAAAGAAGUCCUCCCCCAGGAGAUUGAAGAGGUGAAAACCCUCAUAGCAGAACACCAGUCCUUCAUGGAGGAAAUGACCAGAAAACAACCUGAUGUGGAUAAGGUUACUAAGACCUACAAGCGAAGAGCAGCUGAUCCGUCUCCUUUACAAUCACAUAUUCCUGUCCUAGAUAAAGGGAGAGCAGGAAGGAAGCGUUCCCCAACAUCAAGCUUGUAUCCUUCUGGAUCACAGACACAAAUUGAAACAAAGAAUCCCAGGGUAAACUUAUUAGUGAGUAAAUGGCAGCAAGUCUGGCUUCUAGCUUUGGAAAGAAGAAGAAAACUUAAUGAUGCCUUGGACAGACUGGAAGAGCUGAAAGAAUUUGCCAACUUUGAUUUUGAUAUCUGGCGUAAAAAAUACAUGCGUUGGAUGAAUCAUAAGAAAUCUCGAGUAAUGGACUUCUUCAGGAGGAUCGAUAAAGAUCAGGAUGGAAAAAUAACACGACAAGAAUUUAUUGAUGGAAUUCUCUCCUCCAAAUUCCCAACCAGUCGCCUGGAAAUGAGCGCAGUUGCUGAUAUCUUUGACAGAGAUGGUGAUGGCUACAUUGACUACUACGAAUUUGUUGCAGCACUUCAUCCCAAUAAGGAUGCUUAUAAGCCUCUGACAGAUGCAGACAAAAUUGAAGAUGAGGUGACAAGGCAGGUAGCUAAAUGUAAAUGUGCAAAACGAUUCCAAGUGGAACAGAUUGGAGAUAACAAAUACAGGUUCUUCCUGGGAAAUCAGUUUGGUGAUUCUCAACAACUUCGUCUUGUUCGCAUCUUGCGGAGUACUGUGAUGGUUCGUGUUGGAGGUGGAUGGAUGGCACUUGAUGAGUUCUUAGUGAAAAAUGAUCCUUGUAGGGCUAAAGGAAGAACAAACAUGGAACUCCGUGAAAAGUUCAUUCUAGCAGAUGGUGGUGCCAGUCAGACAGCCAUGGCAGCUUUCCGACCCAGGGGACGGAGAUCACGACCAUCAUCCAGAGGAGCUUCUCCUAAUAGAUCGACUUCAAUGUCCAGCCCAGCUGGUCAGGUGGCCUCACCUCCGGCCCCCGUGAUGAGCACCCCUAAGAUAGUCCAGCCUUUAAUACGCAAUUAUGGUAAACCAUGGUUGACAAACAGCAAAACGUCAACUCCUUCUAAACCAGCAGAAUCCUCAGACUUUCAAGUGUCAUCUGCAGAGGGAACACCGAUACAAGGAAGUAAACUUCGACUUCCGGGAUAUUUAUCAGGGAAAGGCUUCCAGUCAGGGGAGGACAGUGGAUUGAUAACAACUGCAGCUACCCGAGUCCGAACACAGUUUGCAGAUACCAAGAGAACCCCUAGCAGACCUGGAAGCCGAGCUGGGAGCAAAGCUGGGAGCAGGUCAAGCAGUCGCCGAGGUAGCGAUGCCUCCGACUUUGAUAUUUCAGAAAUCCAGUCUGUGUGCUCAGAUGUGGAGACUGUACCUCAGACCACCAGACCAACCCCCCGAGCAGGUUCUCGACCAACCCCAGCCAAGCCUUCCAGAAUUCCCACUCCCCAGAGGAAAUCCCCUGCCAGCAAACUGGACAAGUCCACAAAAAGAUAGUGCGAUUGGUUCUGCUAUGGGCCUUCCUUGUGCAUUUACUAUUUAAGUUUGUAAGAUGUAAAAUAUGAUGUAGAGAUUAUUGUGAACUAUUGCAAGAGGUGAGUUUUAAAUUCUGCAGAUGGCCUUAUUUUGUGUUUUUAUCUUGUUCUUUUACCUGUAUAAUUUUUUUGUUGGAUAUUUUUGGGGGUUAUACCACAUCACAUGUGAAGGGAAAGAGUUUUUAACAAAGACUAACAUUUGUACACAACAAUGUGUAGAACUUACAUGUGAAAGUCAAUUCCUGUAUGUACAGGUAAGUCUGUGACCUGACUGAGAAGGGCCGCAUCACUGCAUCAUUAGCUAACAGCUAGGGAUACCUCAUGACAUAUCUUUUUUUUUUAAACAAAAAUGACUGUCAAAAGCCAAAAGACACAAAAUGAUCUAUUUUGAGAUUAUUAAAAUGAACUUCAAAAGAUGGGCGAUAAAAAGAAAAAAAAACCAUCAUGCAUACACACAUACACAUACCAAAAAACCAACAACACGAAGAAGUAAACACAUUCACAUUACUGGUAUUUAAACAGAAUCUGUCAGAGAGCUCAUUUCUCUGGAAGUAACUUCAAGCACUUGCCAGUUCUAUAAAACUCCAAUACCUUGCAGCAUUUCUGUGCCGUUGCUUUAAAGGAGGCCAGAGACCUUCUGGAUAUUAGAACUAUUAUCCUGUAAGAAUAUCAAUACAAAGUGCAUUCAUUUCAAUGUGAGGUUUUCUUUUGCUUGACUGGAUGGUAGCACUGUAUCAUUGAAUUCAUUUUGUAUCAAAGCAACUUUGCUUGCAGAAAACCAUGAAAUAAAACAUAUCCCUUAACUACAA